AUGGCGGCGGAGGAGGACCGGGCGAUGCCGCUGUUCGCCGCAGACCCCGACUCCGGGGAGCUGCGACUGCAGGAGGCGACUCUGGAGCAGGUGCUGCUCUCCGACCAGCUCCGCGACUCGCCCGUAAUACCGAUCACCAUCACCGGCGCCUUCCGACGCGGCAAGUCGUUCCUGCUGAACGUGCUGCUGCGCUACCUGCGCUCCCAGUCCGCCGGCGGCGGCGGCGACUGGCUGGAGGACGCGCCCCUCACCGGGUUCCCGUGGCGCGGCGGUCGGCAGGCGCACACCCGCGACCUGCAGCUCUGGUCCCGCCCGCUGCCGGUCACACUCGCCGACGGCCGGACGGCGCACGUGCUACUCGUCGACUCCCAGGGCGCGUUCGACAACGUGUCCACGCCGACCGAGAGUGUGGUGAUGCGCGCUCUGGCCGGGCUGCUGAGCGGCGUGCAGGUGCUGAACGUGUCGCGCCAGCCGCAGUCGGACGACCUGCAGCAGGCGCGGCUGUGCGCAGAGUACGCCCGGCUGCUGGCCUCGGCCGCCGGCGCGCCGCACCGCACCCCGCGGCUGGUGCUGCUGGUGCGCGACUGGGCCUUCCCGGCCGAGGAACCGUACGGCGCUGACGGCGGACGCCACAUUCUCGGCCACUGGCUGGCCGGAGGAGACAUCGAGGACGGCGGCGACGGCACAGACAUCGAUACAGCGGCCGACUGGGGCCUGGCCGCUAAGGAACUCGAGUGUUUCCUGCUGCCGCACCCGGACCGGCUGGAGGAGGCCACCGCCGCCGAGCCGCUCUCCGAGACCAGGCUGCAGCAGGUCCACCGGGAGGCCGAGAGCGAGGCACGUCAGACGCUGGUGUCCUGUCCCGGCGUGGAUCACCUCAGCGAGGCGCAGACCAUCCGUCCGCUCGCCGCCGCCAUCCAGGAGCACUGGGAGUGGAUCAGAGGCCUCAACUCCGAGCGGCUGCAGCUGCGGGCCGCUCAGGCCGACAGCCACAAUGCGGCGCUCGCUGAGGCGAGCAGCGCGGCGUACGAGUCGGCUAUGCUCGCCGCGCUGCCCGCUGACGGUCCCAGCAUCACGGACGUUCGGCUGAACGAGGCUCACGCCGCUGCCGUGCGUGCGGCGCUGCAGCACUUUGACAGCGGCCGGGACGGCGCCGGCCCGACGGCGGAGCAGCAGCGGAGCGCGCUGUGCGGCCGACUGGAGGGGCAGCUGGCCGGCCACCGGACCAGGAACGCCGCGCUCCGGCAGCAGGAGGCCGCCGCCGCCGCCGAGCUGACGCGGCAGGCGGUGGCGCGCGCCCAGACGCAGUACCAGCAACAGAUGGUCGCCGCCGGGGAGCUGGCAGAGCCGGCGCUGCGGCAGGCGCACCAGGCCGCCGCCGCCGCGGCCGCGGCGACCGCCGGCACUGCCGGACAGGCGCAGCUCUCGGGCUGGCUGGCCGGGCAGCUGGAGCCGCGUCUGCAGGCGGCGCGUCAGCGAGAGAAACAGGAGCUCGAGCGUAAGCAGGCGGAGGCACAGGCACAGCUGCAGGCGGCGCAGGCGAGCGCAAUUUGUGGGCCCCGACACAGGGGUAUCACGAUAAGAAUAGGAAAGAAGAAAUUCAGCAUACGGUAG